UGUUCGCUAUUCGCUACCUGGCGAGUUUAGUUUUUAGGCCUGUGGCUACGGUACUGGUACCUGGAAGGUUAUUUUGGUCUCAUUGCGUUUUAUUACAACUACUGGCGUAGAAUUUACUCGAUACCAGUGCGCCUGUGCUUUGCUAAAGGCAGCAGUAUCAAGAGGGAGUCGUUGGAUACAAUGGGUACAGAAGGGUGUGCGAUAGGUGUAGUAGUGGUAGUGGUAGUGUUGUAGAUGGUAGGACCGUUUUGCGACGAUGGGACUGGAUUUAUGUGGCCACGCCUCAGAUUGCCACCGCCCAUAGGGGCGCGUUUCUUUAACCUCCACCGGCUAAUCCGGAUGAGGCGGUAGAGUUUCUGCACGUUUCAUUUACCUCCACCGAAUAAGGCGGUGGAGCUCCACCAACUCAACCACCCUCUCGCUGGUGGAGGUUCGGUACAGGUAGGUCACUGCGCAUGCUCACUACUUGACAGAAUGGCAGGAAGAGGACGGAUUUUCAAUGUAGGAUCUCCAACAGAGUGCAAUCUUGUCAGAACGCUUACAGGAGAUCGUUCCACUCCUUUGCUGUGGGCACCAAGUGGAUUGGCUAGGGAGGAGCCCCCUGUUCGUACGGAUGUCGUCAUGACACGCUUUUGUGAACCGUCUGCAGCUGUAGCUAUCUUCUGUAACAGCGAACAACAAAUUCAGAGGACUCCGGGACCUAAAGAGGCUGAGGGGAGACGUUCCAGUCUAACCCUACAUACUGAUUCGUCUUGUUCGUCUGCUGAUAGAAGCAGAUCAUCCACACCUGUAACUACCAGCAUUGCAGCUACUACUAGUGUCCAUCAGUGGGGUAAAACGGAAACCUUGCUUCUUCUCAGUCUCUACGUGGUCCACAAAGAAGAAUUGACAGACAAGAAGACGAAGAAACGGUGUGUGUGGAAGAAGAUUGCAGAAGAACUGACAAGGAAGGGAUAUUGCGUAACUGGUUUGCAGUGUGAGAAUCGGUGGAAAACGCUGAAGGCAUUGUUCCGCCGCGCAAUAGAUCACAACAAGAAAACAGGGCGGGAACCACGUACUUGUGAUUUCUUUGAAGAACUUAAAGCGACACUGUCAAGAUUUGAGCGCACAAGUGCGCAUGCUUGUGCGCUCUAGGCGUGUCACACUACGCGCGCAAACCUACAUCGGGACUCCUAGGACAGCGUAAUGGCGUUUCGUGACUAUAGAACGCGUAUUAGUGCAUCAGACACGUCUGCUGACGAAGGAGCAGUGGUUA